AUGUUCACUCUAAAAGUCCAUGCUGACGUGGACGCAAACUCCCAGACCAGUACCGCUGCUGCCGUCACCUCUUACAGCGACGCGGUUCGUCGUGCUACUAACGGGGCCUCGCUUAACGCUGCUAGUAGCACCUCGCCGGCGUCAGAUGCGGAGAAGCUGACACGUGGCCAACGGCCAGGGGAACUCGAAGGUGAAAUCCGCGAAGCUGAGGACCGCGGGGCGGGUGACAACGCGCGAAGUGACAAUAACGAGAGCAUCCCGUUCUCGUCCGGCAAUCCCAAGGUGGAAUCGACACGCGGCGUGAUUCACCUCUACCGCAACACCGCGGAAAGCCCCGGCUCGCUGCAGAACCUGCCGGUAGGAGCUGUUGGGCGCCCACUUGUGCUGUUUGCGAUUUCCCAUGCCUCCUCUUCUCUCCCAUCCACGCCACGGCGCCACGCCAUGCGCCCUCGCUCACCAGCCCGACAGGGGCGUGGAGCCCCCGACAGGGGCAUGGAGCUGUGUGUGCUGGCGGUGCCCACGUACAUGACAGGCGCCGACUUCUGCCAGUUCACUGGCGCACUGCUGGGGGCUAUCGAGAGCAUGCGCAUCUCAACCGCCCCACCAGGAACGACAGCUACAUACAUGCUGCUCAUGCGAAUGAAUGUUGUCGCUCUUUCCCCUGCUUCCGCUGCUGCGCCCUGUCAACCCUACACCAGGAACGACAGCCUAUCAGAGCGCUACAUGGUGCUCAUGCGAAUGAAGUCCCAAGAGGCGGCGGAUGGCUUUUUCCGGCAGUUCAACAACAAACCAUUUUCCUCCAUGGAGGUGCGCCCCUCCCUCCCUCUCCCUCUCUCACACCUCCACAACAAGCCCUCCCUACCCACAACAAGCCCUCCCUACCCACAACAAGCCCUCCCUACCCACAACAAGCCCUCCCUACCCACAACAAGCCCUUCUCCUCCAUGGACGUGCGCGUGCCACUCUCUCCUCUCUCCCCUGCAUCCUCUGCAAAAGCACCUGUUCUCCAGCGAGCUGUCUCGGAGCGAGUUGUGCCGCGUGCUGUUCACAAAGCAGGUGCUGGUGACGGGGUCGCAGGAGGAUGCAGCCACGCCCCCUGCCCAUAAAGCGGGGCUGUCAGAUAGCGAGUUGUGUCGGGUGCUGUUCACGAAGCAGGUGCUGGUGACGGGGUCGCAGGAGGAGGCAGCCACGCCCCCCGCGGGCCUCACAGAGCUGCCCUCCUGCCCCGUGUGCCUCGUAUGCUCGUUGGCGGAUGUGCACUCCCACUCGUCCUCUUGUACACGCCCCUCUUGCCCCAUGCGUGCAUGUGCCGUGUCAUGUCCUCUCUGCGUGCAUGUGCCGUGUCAUGUCCUCUCUGCGUGCAUGUGCCGUGUCAUGUCCUCUCUGCGUGCAUGUGCCGUGUCAUGUCCUCUCUGCGUGCAUGUGCCGUGUCAUGUCCUCUCUGCGUGCAUGUGCCGUGUCAUGUCCUCUCUGCAUGCAUGUGCCGUGUCAUGUCCUCUCUGCGUGCAUGUGCCGUGUCAUGUCCUCUCUGCGUGCAUGUGCCGUGUCAUGUCCUCUCUGCGUGCAUGUGCGGUGUCUUGUCCUCUCUGCGUGCAUGUGCCGUGUCAUGUCCUCUCUGCGUGCAUGUGCCGUGUCAUGUCCUCUCUGCGUGCAUGUGCCGUGUCAUGUCCUCUCUGCGUGCAUGUGCCGUGUCAUGUCCUCUCUGCGUGCAUGUGCCGUGUCAUGUCCUCUCUGCGUGCAUGUGCCGUGUCAUGUCCUCUCUGCGUGCAUGUGCCGUGUCAUGUCCUCUCUGCGUGCAUGUGCCGUGUCAUGUCCUCUCUGCGUGCAUGUGCCGUGUUAUGUCCUCUCUGCGUGCAUGUGCCGUGUCAUGUCCUCUCUGCGUGCAUGUGCCGUGUCAUGUCCUCUCUGCGUGCAUGUGCCGUGUCAUGUCCUCUCUGCGUGCAUGUGCCGUGUCAUGUCCUCUCUGCGUGCAUGUGCCGUGUCAUGUCCUCUCUGCGUGCAUGUGCCGUGUCAUGUCCUCUCUGCGUGCAUGUGCCGUGUCAUGUCCUCUCUGCGUGCAUGUGCCGUGUCAUGUCCUCUCUGCGUGCAUGUGCCGUGUCAUGUCCUCUCUGCGUGCAUGUGCCGUGUCAUGUCCUCUCUGCGUGCAUGUGCCGUGUCAUGUCCUCUCUGCGUGCAUGUGCCGUGUCAUGUCCUCUCUGCGUGCAUGUGCCGUGUCAUGUCCUCUCUGCGUGCAUGUGCCGUGUCAUGUCCUCUCUGCGUGCAUGUGCCGUGUCAUGUCCUCUCUGCGUGCAUGUGCCGUGUCAUGUCCUCUCUGCGUGCAUGUGCCGUGUCAUGUCCUCUCUGCGUGCAUGUGCCGUGUCAUGUCCUCUCUGCAUGCAUGUGCCGUGUCAUGUCCUCUCUGCGUGCAUGUGCCGUGUCAUGUCCUCUCUGCGUGCAUGUGCGGUGUCUUGUCCUCUCUGCGUGCAUGUGCGGUGUCAUGUCCUCUCUGCGUGCAUGUGCCGUGUCAUGUCCUCUCUGCGUGCAUGUGCCGUGUCAUGUCCUCUCUGCGUGCAUGUGCCGUGUCAUGUCCUCUCUGCGUGCAUGUGCCGUGUCAUGUCCUCUCUGCGUGCAUGUGCCGUGUCAUGUCCUCUCUGCGUGCAUGUGCCGUGUCAUGUCCUCUCUGCGUGCAUGUGCCGUGUCAUGUCCUCUCUGCGUGCAUGUGCCGUGUUAUGUCCUCUCUGCGUGCAUGUGCCGUGUCAUGUCCUCUCUGCGUGCAUGUGCCGUGUCAUGUCCUCUCUGCGUGCAUGUGCCGUGUCAUGUCCUCUCUGCGUGCAUGUGCCGUGUCAUGUCCUCUCUGCGUGCAUGUGCCGUGUCAUGUCCUCUCUGCGUGCAUGUGCCGUGUCAUGUCCUCUCUGCGUGCAUGUGCCGUGUCAUGUCCUCUCUGCGUGCAUGUGCCGUGUCAUGUCCUCUCUGCGUGCAUGUGCCGUGUCAUGUCCUCUCUGCGUGCAUGUGCCGUGUCAUGUCCUCUCUGCGUGCAUGUGCCGUGUCAUGUCCUCUCUGCAUGCAUGUGCCGUGUCAUGUCCUCUCUGCGUGCAUGUGCCGUGUCAUGUCCUCUCUGCGUGCAUGUGCCGUGUCAUGUCCUCUCUGCGUGCAUGUGCCGUGUCAUGUCCUCUCUGCGUGCAUGUGCCGUGUCAUGUCCUCUCUGCGUGCAUGUGCCGUGUCAUGUCCUCUCUGCGUGCAUGUGCCGUGUCAUGUCCUCUCUGCGUGCAUGUGCCGUGUCAUGUCCUCUCUGCGUGCAUGUGCCGUGUCAUGUCCUCUCUGCGUGCAUGUGCCGUGUCAUGUCCUCUCUGCGUGCAUGUGCCGUGUCAUGUCCUCUCUGCGUGCAUGUGCCGUGUCAUGUCCUCUCUGCGUGCAUGUGCCGUGUCAUGUCCUCUCUGCGUGCAUGUGCCGUGUCAUGUCCUCUCUGCGUGCAUGUGCCGUGUCAUGUCCUCUCUGCGUGCAUGUGCCGUGUCAUGUCCUCUCUGCGUGCAUGUGCCGUGUCAUGUCCUCUCUGCGUGCAUGUGCCGUGUCAUGUCCUCUCUGCGUGCAUGUGCCGUGUCAUGUCCUCUCUGCGUGCAUGUGCCGUGUCAUGUCCUCUCUGCGUGCAUGUGCCGUGUCAUGUCCUCUCUGCGUGCAUGUGCCGUGUCAUGUCCUCUCUGCGUGCAUGUGCCGUGUCAUGUCCUCUCUGCGUGCAUGUGCCGUGUCAUGUCCUCUCUGCGUGCAUGUGCCGUGUCAUGUCCUCUCUGCGUGCAUUGUGCCGUGUCAUGUCCUCUCUGCAUGCAUGUGCCGUGUCAUGUCCUCUCUGCGUGCAUGUGCCGUGUCAUGUCCUCUCUGCGCGCAUGUGCCGUGUCAUGUCCUCUCUGCAUGCAUGUGCCGUGUCAUGUCCUCUCUGCGUGCAUGUGCCGUGUCAUGUGUUCAAUCCCUCCUCCCGCCGCCACGCCUCCAUCUGCCCGCCGACGCGUCCGACCUCUGCGCCGACGCGGACGACCAGCGCGGCGACGCGGACGACCUGCGACCGCCGCGGACGGCCAGCGCGCGACCCCCGACGACCAGCGCGCUGCCGCGGACGGCCAGCGCGGCCUCGCCGACGGCCCGCGCGCUGACGCGGACGGCCAACGCGGCCCCGCCGACGACCCGCGCGCUGACGCGGACGGCCAGCGCGGCCCCGCCGACGACCCGCGCGCUGACGCGGACGGCCAGCGCGGCCCCGCCGACGACCCACGCGCUGACGCGGACGGCCAGCGCGGCCCCGCCGACGACCCGCGUGCUGACGCGGACUGCGAGCGCGGCCCCACCGACGAGCCGCGUGCUGACGCGGACAGCCAGCGCGCGGCCACGAAAGACCCGCGCGCCACCGCGGACGGCCAGCGCGCGGCCGUCGACGCCCCUGCGCCGACUGGUUAUACACUCCGCUCCGUCGUGUACCAGGAGGAAGGCGGACUCCAGCCCAUCGCCCCUUCUGCCCCCACCGGACCUCCUCCUGAUGAGCCCGGACCUGAGCCCGAGUCCCCUGGUGAUCCUCCCUCCUUCGCACCGGAUGUCAACAAUCCUCAAAGCGUGGAAACUGCCAUCCGUGCCUACCGCAACACACUCAACGACCACCUUCGCCGUCAACUGCGCUAUGAGGACGACAAGCGCGCCUACGACGAGGCUGCUGCCCGUCACCGCGACUACCACGCCCAACUCACCACGUACACUACACGCCUCGCUAGCUACACCUCCGACAUCGCUGCGUGGCGCAUUGCUGACCGCCGAGCUCUCGCCAUCCUCCUCGCCACUAUCCCCUCCUCCCUCAAGCGAGAACUCUCACCCACCUCCUCCUCCCACCUGUGGCAACUGCUUGUCGACCUCUUUGACCGGCAGGACAUCGCCACCCUCUAUGCCCUCAUCAAGGACUUUGGAUCCAUCACCAUGGAUUCCACUGCCGGCGCAGCCGCCUUUACUCGCCGCGUCCUUGACCUUGCUCGCCGCCUUGCAGCACUUGGUGUUACCUACCCUGACACCGUCAUCUGCUGCCACCUCCUCGAAGGCCUCACUCCUGCCUUCGAUGCCCACAAGCUGGCCUAUAUGCAACUCCUCUCCAAACAUGACACUCCCGCUCAAGUUGCCCAGUGGAUUAUCACCACCGAGGCAGAAAUCCUUCGCCACUCCUCCUCCACUGCCGCGGUAGCACAGCAGCGCAGCGGCAAAGGCGGACGUGGAGGGGGGCGUGGAGUCUUCGCCUUUUCCUCCGCACCCUCCACCUUCAUCCCAACCACGUAUGAGGAGGCCAUGGCUUGUCCCGACGCCCCGCUCUGGCUCGCCGCCAUCAUGAAGGAGCUCGAGGCCAACAUUGUGGGGUUACCUACUCCACAAGGCAUCUCCCCUUCUAUCAUCAUGUCCUCUCUGCGUGCAUGUGCCGUGUCAUGUCCUCUCUGCGUGCAUGUGCCGUGUCAUGUCCUCUCUGCGUGCAUGUGCCGUGUCAUGUCCUCUCUGCGUGCAUGUGCCGUGUCAUGUCCUCUCUGCGUGCAUGUGCCGUGUCAUGUCCUCUCUGCGUGCAUGUGCCGUGUCAUGUCCUCUCUGCGUGCAUGUGCCGUGUCAUGUCCUCUCUGCUUGCAUGUGCCAUGCCAUGUCCUCUCUGCGUGCAUGUGCCGUGUCAUGUCCUCUCUGCGUGCAUGUGCCGUGUCAUGUCCUCUCUGCGUGCAUGUGCCGUGUCAUGUCCUCUCUGCGUGCAUGUGCCGUGUCAUGUCCUCUCUGCGUGCAUGUGCCGUGUCAUGUCCUCUCUGCGUGCAUGUGCCGUGUCAUGUCCUCUCUGCGUGCAUGUGCCGUGUCAUGUCCUCUCUGCGUGCAUGUGCCGUGUCAUGUCCUCUCUGCGUGCAUGUGCCGUGUCAUGUCCUCUCUGCGUGCAUGUGCCGUGUCAUGUCCUCUCUGCGUGCAUGUGCCGUGUCAUGUCCUCUCUGCGUGCAUGUGCCGUGUCAUGUCCUCUCUGCGUGCAUGUGCCGUGUCAUGUCCUCUCUGUGUGCAUGUGCCAUGUCAUGUCCUCUCUGCGUGCAUGUGCCGUGUCAUGUCCUCUCUCUGUGCGUAUGCCGUGUCAUGUCCUCUCUACAUGCAUCUGUGCGUGCACCUACCCAUCCCCUCCCUGCCUGCUCUUUCAUCUUCAAGCAACCAUUCCCCCACUCCUCCCCUUUCCCACUCCACCCACGCGCCCCAAUGGCUGCUGCGUUCCCCCCCCCCCACACCACACCUGCUGUCACUCAUACCAGCUGUGCCUUCCGCAUGCCUGCCAGACAGCCGUCCGUCACACAAGUUGUGUGUCGCUACUGCCAGCAGCCGUCAGACAAGUCGCAGUGUGCAGUGUGCGGUUCACACGACAGCCUCUGGAUUUGCCUCAUCUGCGGCUUCGUGGGGUGUGGCCGAUAUCAAGGGGGCCACGCAGAGUCGCACUUCCGCACGUCGCAGCACUGCUACUCGCUGGAGGUGGCGUCGCAGCGCGUGUGGGACUACGUGGGCGACGCCUUCGUGCACCGCCUCGUGCUCUCCAAGACCGACGGCAAACUCCUUGCACACACCCAUGAGUGCCCAUUUUGUUCUCGCUUCUCCUUCUUCUCCUCCCACAUCUCCCUUGCACCCUCCGCUCUCACAUCUUCUUCCCGUCCUGGUGGCUUGUGGGUGGCCUAUGAGUACACGCACCUGCUCACCACGCAGUUGGACUCACAACGACUGUACUUUGAGGGGCUGUUAGCAGCAGCCAAGGCCGAGAGGGACGAGGCGGUGGCAGCAGCAGAGGCGGCGAGGGAGAGUGUGAAGGUGCAGAAGCUGCAGUCCCGGCUGGAGCGCGCCGAGCAGGAGAAGGAGUUUCUGAGGCAGGUGAACGACUCGCUAAUUAAGAACCAGAAGCAGUGGCAGGAGAAGUUCAAGCAGCAGGAGGAGAGGGUGAAGGCGGCAGUGGCUGCACGGGACGAGAAGAUCAAAGACCUGGAGGAGCAGGUGCGGGAUCUGAUGGUGUUCAUAGAGGCGCAGAAGAUCGUGGAGCGAGAGGGAGGAGCAGGAACAGCAGAGGGCAUCAGGGAGGGCACUGUGCUGGCUGUGGGGGGGGCGCCUGCUGCCGGGGAGAGAGGGGCAGGCAAGGCGCGGGGGCGGCACGGGAAGAGAAGAUGA